AUGGAUCUUAGCAGCGACAAUUUCGAGUAUAUUUUCCAGCUAACAAAGGUGCUCAGUUCAGAAUGCAGAGCAAACAGACAGGAAAGAGAAAAACUGGAGAUUCUCUUGAAAAGACUAGCCAAACAAUCCGGUGUAUCAUAUGAUCAAUUGAGUGAGAAUGUAGAACUUCAGACAUUGGACGCCUAUAACCUGAUGGCCCAGCCGGACGAAGCUACUCAUCUCAUGACUGAAAACUAUGAACUGCUUUAUCAAAUCGAAUUACAAGAGUACAUCAACCGGAAGAUACUGGCACUUACCAGCGAAAUAGCAGAGCAUCUGAAUUCCAUACGAUGCUUUGUAAUUGAACGAAAACUUACCGGAUCUCAGAAUAUUGACAACUACCUUGAGGAAAAUAUCACUGCAAGAAAGGACCGAUUGCACUCGAAUAUCGAAUCUCUGCGGCAGUCAAAGAGAAGUACUGAAGAAAAACUUGAAAUCAUAUGUCAGGAACUGACAUCUCAGAUACAUGAGAUCGAUUGGGAUUCUGUGCCGAGGAAUUCAGAGAUCUAUAAAUCUUUCAAGGAGCGAAUCGCACUAUUAGAGGUUAACUACGGUCUCAAAGUUCUAGAUGAACAACUGAAAGACUCAUUAUAA